AUGGCCUUGGCCCAGCGGCAAGUGGCGGUGCAGGAGGGACCCCUCUACCGCACGGAGGGGUCCCACAUCACGCUGUGGUGCAAGGUGAGCGGCUACCAGGGCCCAGCGGAGCAGAACUUCCAGUGGUCCAUCUACUUGCCCUCGGCCCCCGAGCGGGAGGUGCAGAUCGUCAGCACCGUCGACCCGUCCUUCCCCUACGCCAUCUACACGCAGCGCGUGCGCAGCCGGGGGAUCUACGUGGAGCGGGUGCAGGGGGACGCCGUCCUGCUGCACAUCACCGACCUGCAGGACCGCGACGCCGGGCAGUACGAGUGCCACACGCCCAACACCGACGAGAGGUACUUUGGGAGUUACAGCGCCAAGAUGAACCUCGUGGUGAUCCCCGACUCGCUGAGAGUGACAGCGGUCCCACAGACGCUGAACAAAGUAGAGCAUGACUCUCUGGAGCUGAAGUGCGAGGUGUCCAAGAGCACAGACCAGCACAGCCACGUCUCCAUCGCCUGGUACCGGCAGCGGGGCGGCGAGGCGCCCGUGGAGGUCAUCUCCCUCAGCCGCGACUUCGUCCUGCGGGCUGGCAGCGCCUACGCCCAACGGCAAGCCACGGGGGACGUUCGCUUGGACAAAGUUGGGGAGACCACCUCAAAGCUCACCAUCUACAACCUCCACCCAGCGGAUCAGGGAGAGUUUUACUGUGAGGCGGCAGAGUGGAUCCAGGACCCGGACAAGUCUUGGUAUGCCAUGACCCGCAAGCGUUCCCAGAGUGCCAUUGUCAACGUACAAGCCACCGAUAAGGAGUUCAGUGUCCGGCUGGAGACGGAGAAGCGGACGUACAUUGUGGGUGAGCCAGUGGAGUUUCGGUGCAUCCUGGAGGCGCAGAACGUCCCCGACCGCUACUUUUCCAUCUCCUGGGCCUUCAACAGCUCCCUUAUUGCCAGCCUGGGACCCAACGCCGUGCCAGUGCUCAACAACGAGUUUACCCAGCGUGAGGCCCUGGGCCAGCUCAAGGUAGCCAAAGAGAGCGACAAUGUUUUUGUGCUGAAGAUCUACCGCCUCCGCCUUGAGGACAGUGGCAAGUACAACUGCCGGGUGACUGAGCGGGAGAAGACUGUCACGGGGGACUUCAUUGACAAAGAGAGCAAGCGGCCAAAGAACAUCCCCAUCACUGUCCUGCCACUCAAGACCAGCAUCUCCUUGGAGAUGAUCAACAACGCCAGCAAUGUCUUGGAGGGGGAGAGCCUGCGCUUUGGCUGCAAUGUGCGCUCAGGCUUCGGGCCCCAAAGCCGCUUCUCCGUCACCUGGCAGCUGGUGGACAAGCUGAACCGGCGCAGUGAAAUUGUGCGUCUGGAUCGGGAGGGCACCCUGCAGCCGGGUCCCUCGUACGCUGAGCGGAGCAGCUAUGGGGGCAUCCAGGUGGAGCAGGUCCGGCCUGGCUCCUUCACCCUGGAGAUCUUCAACAGCGCCAAGGCGGACGAGGGCCACUACGAGUGCCGGGUGGUCGAGUGGACGCGGACAUUGGAUGGGGAGUGGCAGAUGGUUGGGGAGCGGCACGCGGGCACCCUGGUGUCCAUCACUGCUCUGG